GAUAAUCCGCACUCCCUACCAUAAAUAGCACAGUCAUCUCAUCGAACAUACAGUGUUGCAGAAGAAAAACAACGCUGACUAUCGCCGCCUGCGACCAUCGCCACCACCAUUGACCGACUUUCCACCGUUCAACUUGCAAAACCUUCCCCCAACAAAAACCCUAAUUUCUCUUUUCCUCUAAUCUCUUUAUCGUUCAAUUGCUAGAUCUAGGGUUUCAGCCGUAAACCCUAAUUUUGCAGAAAGAAUCAAUUGUAGAAGACAGCUCUGUACUCAAAGUUCGGAACUUUGAUAUCGCCGAUUCGGAACGCGCGACCUCAGGCGAGGUUUACGAGGUGGGUUGCGCGAAUCAGUGUGUACGGUUGAUUUGCAGUAAAUUUGAUAUCUUUGAACUGUUAUUCAAACAAGCACACAUCCAUGGAGGACGACUGGGAGAACGAAGACUUCACGCCCCAAGUUGCCACAAAGGAUCUCCUGAAAAGUAGUUGGGAUGAUGAAGAUGUUGAUGAUGAUGAUGUGAAGGAAUCCUGGGAGGAGGAAGAACCGGCACCUGCACCAGCACCAGCACCAGCAAAAGCAGCUGAAAAGCCUGCCAAGAAAGCUGGAAACAAAGGAAAGGAUGUAGAAGAAGCUAAAGAAAUACAAUUGGAUCCUGUAGCAGAGAAACUGCGUCAACAAAGGCUUGUGGAGGAAGCAGAUUACAAGGCCACAACAGAGCUUUUUGGUAAAAAGGGUGAUGACAAGACUCUGGAAAAUUUCAUACCUAAAUCUGAAAGUGACUUUUUAGAGUAUGCUGAACUGAUUUCUCAUAAGCUUCGUUCAUGCGAGAAAAGUUACCAUUUUAUUGGGUUACUGAAGACGGUGAUGAGGCUGUCAACAGUUUCUUUAAAAGCUGCAGAUGCCAAGGAAGUUGCCUCCUCGGUUUCAGCUAUUGCAAAUGAAAAGCUGAAGGCGGAGAAAGAGGCCAAUGCUGGUAAAAAGAAAACAGGCGCAAAGAAGAAGCAGCUUCUUGUUGAUAAGCCUGAUGAUGAUAUAGCUGUUGCUGGAUAUGAUCCUGCUGAUGAUUAUGAUUUUAUGUGAGCACAUACAGAUCCAUAUAUUCCAUCCAGUAUUGAAAACCCGGAUACUUUUUAUUUAUCUUUUAAGAUCACAAAUAUGAAGAGUUCUUUUCCUCUUAUGUGCAAUGUUUUGGCCGAGUUGGUGAGGAAAAGAUGUCCUUUAGAAUAGCAUCAAUUGCCCUGUUGAAUUUACUUGAAGUGAUUUUUUGUAUGUUUGCAUAAUUUAUCGAAGCACACUGAGUUCUGCUACUGAUUGAAAGUGCAAACCAUUGUUUGAGAUUGUUAUCUAGAUUGAUAUACUGCUAAGCAGUUUUUGUUUU